AUGAUCUCAAAGAUUCACCCUUUACAUGAUCCGUUCCUGAUGCGAACGGCAUGCUACGUGAACGGCGAUUGGGUCGCGGCUGGCUCCAGCAAAAAAUUCAACGUUGAGAACCCAUCAACGCUGGCAUCGGUAGCUCAAUGUCCUGAUUUCGACGUUGAGGACACCGAGGCUGCCAUCGAAGCCGCGCACCAAGCAUUCGCAUCCUACCGCAAGACACCAGCUCGCACGAGAGCUCGAUGGCUCCGCCGGUGGUCUGAGCUCAUGAUUGAAAACGCCGAAGACCUGGCACGCAUCAUUACGCUCGAGAAUGGCAAGCCACUUGCAGAUGCCACGGCCGAGGUCCACUACGCAGCAAGCUUCUUCGAGUGGUUUUCAGAGGAGGCGCCGCGCAUUUAUGGCGAGACCAUUCAGGCGAGCAACCCGAGCUGCAGGAUCGUCACACUCAAAGAGCCCAUUGGCGUCUGUGGCUUGAUCGCACCAUGGAACUUUCCCGGCGCCAUGAUCACCCGCAAGGUAGGCCCGGCGCUGGCGGCAGGCUGCACCGUUGUCGUUAAGGCGCCGGCCGAGGCACCUCUCACGGCCCUUGCUCUCGCCGAGCUGGCGCACAGGGCUGGUAUCCCCAAGGGCGUUGUCAACAUUAUCACGGCGUCGGCACACAACACAAUCGCGGUCGGGAAGAUUCUGACGACCCACCCCAUCAUUAAGAAGGUGUCCUUCACCGGAUCCACUGGCGUGGGAAAGAUCCUCAUGAGCCAGAGCUCUACCACACUGAAGAAACUUUCCCUUGAGCUGGGCGGUAACGCGCCCUUCAUCGUCUUCGAAGAUGCCGACCUCGACGUCGCCGCCCGGGGCCUCAUUGCAUCAAAGUUCCGCAUCUCGGGCCAGACCUGUGUCUGUGCCAACCGCAUCCUUGUCCAGCGUCAGGUUUACGACGCAUUUACUCGGAAAGUCCUCGACAUCGUCCGGACUUUCAAGGUUGGUGACGGCCUCAGCGAAACAACGACACAUGGGCCACUCAUUCACCAGCGCGCAGCCCAAAAGGUGGACGAGCACGUCAAAGAUGCCGUCUCGAAAGGUGCUCGAGUGCUCCAUGGCGGCGAACCUCUGAAACAUCUGGGACCCAACUUCUUCGACAUUACUUUGCUCGUCGACAUGGCGCCCGGUAUGAAGAUCUGCACAGAGGAAACGUUUGGUCCUAUCGCAGCUUUCUUCGCGUUCGACACGGAGGCGGAUGCUAUCGAGAUGGCCAAUGACACAGAAGUCGGUCUUGCCGGUUAUUUCUUCAGCCAGGAUGCGAGCCGCUGCUGGCGGGUAGCAGAAGCACUUGAAGUCGGCAUGGUUGGGGUCAAUGUUGGCUCCAUUAGUGACCCAGCUGCGCCUUUUGGUGGCGUAAAGCAGAGUGGCUUUGGACGAGAAGGUAGCAAGUACGGCAUUGAUGAGUACCUGGUGACCAAGAUGGUCAUGACAGGCGUGAGCGAGUCGUGA